AACUGUUUGCUGAUGAUGCUAAAUAAACAAAAAACUGCUGAGUCAUCACACACAGCCAAUACUGAUUGGACAUGCGUGUGUGGCGUUGCGUCAUUGAGCCUCAGAGAUGGAUUCACUCUGCCGACUGAUCCAGUUUUUCAGGGGCUGAUGAGCUCGGGUCAUUAAAGCUGAUGGCAACAGCUUUGAAGGGUGAGCGAUAAGGAACCUUUUUUUAAGGAGGAAAAGGAGUUCCUCACAAUCAGUGACACCAGUCGGCUGCGUCUCGCGUCUGCAGCGCUCUUUCCGGGGCUCAGACUCCGACGCUGCUUCUGGGAACUGCUCCACGCCUCCUCCACGUCUCCAUCUUUUUUUUUUUUUUUUUUUCAAACCUCAAGGGGUCCCGUCUAGAGGUGCUCCUCCCCAUGUCCCACUUUCCCUCCGACUGCCACUGCCAGCCAACAGGAAAGGAGCAUUUAGUCACGGCUCACGGCUUCUUUUUUUCGUUGAUGGUGCUGAAUCCAGACCUCGAUGGAAGUAGGGAGAAGGGCGGCCAUGUUUCUCCGACGUCCUCGUUGUCUCUUUCUCUCUCUCUCUCUGCUCUCCAACGAACACACGCACGUGACCUUCUGAUGGAUCGGAAUGAGUUUUCCCUUUUAAAACAGAAGGUCUGACUCACGCAGGCGGAGAGGGUCGGAGCGUCAUCCGUGCACUGCUGAACAGCAGAUCGAAGGCAUCGUCACGAGAAUACAAGAUGAGAAGGCAGGAGGUGUGGCCAUCCGCACGGUCAAAAGCUUCCUCUCCAAGAUCCCCAGUGUGGUGUCAGGGGCGGACAUUGUUCAGUGGCUGAUGAGAAACCUCUCCAUCGAGGACCCAGCUGAGGCCAUCCACCUCGGGAGCCUCGUUGCCGCCCACGGCUACAUCUUCCCCAUCUCUGACCACGUCCUGACGCUUAAAGACGACGGGACCCUUUAUCGCUUUCAGUCUCCGUACUUCUGGCCGUCAAACUGCUGGGAGCCCGAGAACACCGACUACGCCAUUUACCUGUGCAAGCGCACCAUGCAGAACAAGGCCAGGCUGGAGCUGGCUGACUAUGAGGCUGAGAACCUUGCCCGGCUGCAGAGGGCUUUUGCCCGUAAGUGGGAGUUUAUCUUCAUGCAAGCCGAGGCUCAAGUCAAGAUCGACAGGAAGAAGGACAAGGCAGAUAGAAAGAUCCUGGACAGCCAGGAGAGGGCCUUCUGGGACGUCCAUCGACCGGUGCCGGGCUGUGUCAACACCACAGAGAUGGACAUCCGCAAGUGCCGGAGAGAGAGGAACCCCCACAGGGUGAAAAAGUCGGUCUACGGGGUCACGGACGACGGCCACGGCCAGCCGAGCCCCGCCCUCGUCGGCUCCCAGCCGGAGCGGAAGGCCACCAGGGAGGACGUUCAGAAGGAGAUCACCUUCUUGAACAUCCAGCUGGACAGACACUGCAUGAAGGUUUCCAAAGUGGCCGACAGCCUGAUGGGCUACACGGAGCAGUUCAUGGAGUACGACCCCUUCGUGUCGGCCCCCGAGCCCUCCAACCCCUGGGUCAGCGACGACGCUGCCUUCUGGGACCUGGAGGCGAGUCGAGACCCCAGCCAGCAGCGCGUGAAGAAGUGGGGCUUCUCUCUGGAGGAGGCGCUGAAGGACCCGGCGGGUCGAGACCAGUUCCUGAAGUUCCUCGAGUCGGAGUUCAGCUCGGAGAACCUGAGGUUCUGGCUAGCGGUGCAGGAUCUGAAGCGGCGCCCCCUGCGGGACGUGGCGUCCCGCGCGCGCGAGAUCUGGCAGGAGUUUCUGGCCGAGGGCGCGCCGAGCUCCAUCAACCUGGACUCCCACAGCUUCGAGCGCACCAGCCAGAACCUGAGAGACGCCGGCCGCUACAGCUACGAGGACGCCCAGGAGCACAUAUUCAAGCUGAUGAAAAGUGACAGCUACGCACGCUUCUUGCGAUCCAACAUCUACCAAGAUCUCCUGUUGGCCAGAAAGAAGCAGCCGGCAGACAGUGAACAGGGCCGCCGCACCUCCCUGGAGAAGUUCACCCGCAGUGUGGUAAGUCCUCCGGAGCUGUGGCUGCUCAUAUAUUACAAACCACGCUGUCUGGCUGCCUGUCAAUGGGUCACAUGUCACUCGGCCGCGGCUCGUCACAUGCCACGCAAACGCGGCAGCGGGACGGUUCUGUGCCUUGUCACGUGUGUUGGUUUUUAAUCGGCC